CUCUCUCUCUCUCUGUAUUCAUUGAGAAAUAAAAGACGUCUAUAUAUGCAGUGAUAUAGAGAGAGAAACCUAGAAGAUACGAAAACGGAAAAAUGAAGCAGCAACGCCAGAGCUUAUCAUCAUCAUCUGAGGCGGUCUCGUCGUCGCCCGAGCAAUCGCAGCCGUCGGCUCAGAUGACUUCUUCGGCAUCGGCGUCGGCGUCGACGACGACGCCCGCGGUUGUGCCGAUGCCGGCGGCGGAGGAUCCAGCGGCGUCGCGGGACUCGGCGGAGACGGUGGCGGUGGAGAGGCGCGGCGAGUUUGCGGCGGUGUGCAAAUGGAGCAUCUCCAAUUUCCCCAAAGCGAAGGCUAGGGCACUCUGGAGCAAGUACUUCGAAGUCGGGGGAUAUGAUUGCCGCCUCCUUGUGUACCCUAAGGGCGAUUCUCAAGCUCUACCAGGCUACAUAUCAAUCUAUCUCCAAAUCAUGGACCCGCGAGGAACGACGUCGUCCAAAUGGGACUGCUUCGCGAGCUACCGCCUCGCCGUCGUGAACCCCAUUGACGAGUCGAAAUCGGUUCAUCGCGAUUCGUGGCACCGGUUCUCCAGCAAGAAGAAGUCCCAUGGUUGGUGUGAUUUCACCCCCUCAGCUCCGAUUCUCGACCCUAAAUCUGGAUUUUUGUUCAAUAAUGAUUCGAUACUAAUUACUGCCGAUAUACUUAUAUUGAACGAGACCGUUAAUUUUACGCGAGAUAACAAUGAACUAUUGUCGAAUUCAUUGUCAUCAUCGGUGUCCGGUCCAGUUGGUGAUGUUUUGAGUGGGAAAUUCACUUGGAAGGUUCACAAUUUUAGCCUGUUUAAGGAGAUGAUUAAGACGCAGAAGAUAAUGAGUCCAGUUUUCCCGGCCGGAGAGUGCAAUUUGCGCAUUAGUGUUUAUCAGAGCUCGGUUAAUGGGGUGGACUACCUGUCAAUGUGUUUGGAGAGUAAGGAUACUGAGAAGACAUUGGUUUCAGAUCGCAGUUGCUGGUGUUUGUUUCGAAUGUCUGUAUUGAAUCAAAAACCAGGAUUGAACCACAUGCACAGGGACUCUUAUGGUCGGUUUGCAGCGGAUAAUAAAAGUGGGGAUAAUACCAGUUUGGGAUGGAAUGAUUACAUGAAGAUGUCCGAUUUUAUUGGGCCUGAGUCAGGGUUUUUAUUGGAUGAUACUGCAGUAUUUAGCACUUCAUUUCAUGUGAUAAAGGAACUUAGUAACUUUUCAAAGAAUUUGGCAUUGAUUGGGGUGAAUGGGGCAUUGAUUGUGGUAAGGAGUGGAAGUGGUCCAAGGAAAUCUGAUGGACACAUGGGGAAAUUCACUUGGAGAAUCGAGAACUUUACAAGGUUGAAAGACCUUCUGAAGAAGAGGAAGAUUACAGGUCUUUGCAUUAAGAGCAGAAGAUUUCAAAUUGGGAAUCGUGACUGUCGACUUAUUGUUUAUCCCCGAGGGCAGUCUCAACCACCAUGCCACCUGUCUGUAUUUCUUGAAGUCACAGAUUCACGGAAUACUUCCAGCGAUUGGAGUUGUUUUGUGAGCCAUCGAUUGUCUGUAGUGAACCAGAGGAUGGAGGACAAGUCUGUCACGAAGGAGUCACAAAAUCGUUACUCCAAAGCUGCAAAAGAUUGGGGAUGGCGUGAAUUUGUUACACUGACUAGUCUCUUUGAUCAGGAUUCUGGAUUUCUUGUUCAGGAUACAGUUUUAUUCUCAGCAGAAGUUCUCAUUUUGAAAGAGACAUCAAUAAUGCAGGAUUUUACUGAACAUGAUACUGAGUCUACUGUUGUGGGAUCCCAUGUAGAUAGAGUUGUGAGAAGGAGUUCAUUUACAUGGAAGGUGGAGAACUUCCUCUCCUUUAAAGAAAUAAUGGAGAACCGGAAAAUCUUCAGCAAAUUCUUCCAAGCUGGUGGAUGUGAGCUUCGGAUUGGUGUGUACGAGUCCUUUGACACCAUAUGCAUAUAUCUAGAGAGUGAUCAAUCAGUUGGCAGCGAUCCAGAUAAAAACUUCUGGGUGAGAUACCGGAUGGCUGUGGUCAACCAAAAAAAUCCUGCAAAGACUGUGUGGAAAGAGUCUUCUAUUUGUACAAAGACAUGGAAUAAUUCAGUUCUUCAAUUCAUGAAGGUGUCAGAUAUGCUUGAAGGAGAUGCAGGUUUUCUCGUGCGUGACACAGUUGUUUUUGUUUGUGAAAUAUUGGAUUGCUGCCCAUGGUUUGAGUUUUCAGAUCUGGAGGUUUUGGCUUCUGAGGAUGAUCAAGAUGCGCUGACAACUGAUCCUGAUGAACUCAUUGAUUCUGAGGAUAGUGAAGGAAUUAGUGGAGAUGAAGAGGACAUAUUCCGAAACCUUCUUUCCAGAGCUGGGUUUCACCUCAGUUAUGGAGAUAAUCCUUCACAGCCACAGGUCACUUUGAGAGAGAAGCUUCUCAUGGAUGCUGGUGCAAUAGCUGGUUUUCUGACUGGACUUCGUGUUUAUCUUGAUGAUCCUGCUAAAGUAAAACGCUUGCUUCUUCCAACUAAACUCUCUGGUGGUAAUGAUGGCAAGAAGGCCACCAAGACUGAUGAUUCCCCUAGUUUAAUGAACUUGUUGAUGGGAGUUAAAGUUCUGCAGCAGGCAAUCAUUGAUUUACUCUUGGAUAUUAUGGUUGAAUGUUGCAAACCUUCAGAAGGAAGUUCCAAUGAGGAUCAAUUAGAUGGGAACUUUAAACCUUCUCCAGAUGGCAGCGGUGCUAUCAGUCCGCUGGAAUCUGAUAGGGAAACUGGAGCAAUGGAGUCUGCACCUCUUGUUGCACAUAAUAGAUUAGAUUCUGGGAUGGAUGAAGUCACCAAUACAUCUGCUGUUCAAAGUUCAGACAUGGAUGAGAAUAUCAUGCCUGAUAAAACUGUUCGCGGACUGCCUAUUUGUCCCCCUGAGACAUCUGCUUCUGGUUCUUCAGAAACUGCUUCUCUUCGCUCAAAGACCAAAUGGCCAGAGCAGUCUGAGGAGCUUUUAGGAUUGAUUGUGAACUCGCUGAGAGCACUUGAUGGAGCUGUUCCACAAGGUUGUCCUGAGCCACGUCGUUCACCCCAGUCUGCACGAAAGAUUGCUCUUGUAUUGGAUAAAGCUCCUAAGCAUCUACAGCCAGAUCUGGUGUCUUUGGUACCCAAAUUAGUCGAGCACUCAGAGCAUCCGCUUGCUGCUUCUGCACUUCUAGAUCGAAUUCGUAGGCCUGAUGCAGACCCUUCGUUACGAGUACCUGUUUUUAAUGCUCUGAGCCAGUUGGAAUGUAGCACUGAAGUCUGGGAAGGAAUUCUUUUCCAAUCUUUUGAUCUUCUGGAUGACUCAAAUGAUGAACCUUUAGCAGCAACUGCUGAUUUUAUUUUUAAGGCUGCUUUGCAGUGCCAUCAUCUUCCUGAAGCGGUCAGAUCUGUUCGUGUUAGGCUAAAAGAUUUGGGCACUGAGGUGCCCCUCUGUGUUCUUGAUUAUUUAAGUAGAAUGGUAAAUAGUUGUGCAGAUGUUGCUGAAGCUAUUUUAAGAGAUAUUGAUUGUGACAAUGGUUCUGGUGACAAUAGCUUGGCAAUGCCUUGUGGGCUCUUUAUAUUUGGUGAAACUGGGUCUGCUUCUGAAGGAUUACGGGCAGUGGAUGAGCAUACUUAUUCUCCUGGUCGUUAUUUUUCUGAUAUAUAUAUUUUGAUUGAAAUGUUAUCCAUUCCUUGCCUUGCUGUUGAAGCGUCCCAAAUUUUUGAGAGAGCUGUAGCUCGAGGAGCAAUUGUGGCUCAAUCAGUAACCAUGGUCUUGGAAAGACGCCUUGCUCGGGGAUUAAAUUUUACUUCACAAUUUGUUGCCGAAAAUUUUCAGCAUGCUGAUGUGGUUGUAGAGGGAGAAACCAUUGAACAGUUAAGAGCGCAGAGAGAUGAUUUCACUUCCAUUCUUGGUCUUGCUGAGAUAUUGGCCCUUUCUAGAGACCUUGUUGUUAGAGGCUUUGUGAAGAUGCUUUAUACUAUUCUGUUUAAAUGGUACGCUGAUGAGUCUUAUCGAUUGCGGAUGUUGAAGAGGCUUGUUGAUCGUGCCACCAGCACGACAGAUGGUAGUCGAGUGGUAGAUUUAGAUUUGGAAAUUCUUAUAAUUUUGAUCUGUGAGGAGCAAGAAAUUGUAAGACCAGUUUUGAGCAUGAUUAGGGAGGUUGCUGAAGUUGCAAAUGUUGAUCGGGCGGCCCUUUGGCAUCAGUUAUGUGCCAGUGAAGAUGAGAUUAUUCGUAUUCAUAAAGAAAGAAAAACUGAGAUUUCCAAUGUGGCCAAAGAAAAAGCUGCAAUUUCACAAAAGUUGAGUGAAUCUGAGGCUACUAACAAUCGUCUUAAGUCUGAAAUGAGGGCUGAGAUGGAUCGUUUUGCACGGGAAAGGAAGGAGCUUAGCGAGCAGAUACAAGAUGCCGAGAGUCAACUUGAAUGGCUUAGGGCUGAACGGGAUGAAGAAAUUGGAAAACUUAUUGGGGAGAAGAAAGUUCUUCAGGAUCGUCUGCAUGAGGCAGAGACACAGCUUUCCCAACUGAAGUCCCGGAAACGUGAUGAACUGAAGAGAGUAAUGAAGGAGAAAAAUGUUCUUGCUGAACGGUUGAAGAGUGCUGAAGCUGCACGUAAAAGGUUUGAUGAAGAACUGAAACGCUAUGCCACCGAAAAAAUGACGAGAGAAGAAUCCCGGCAGUCACUAGAGGAAGAAGUUCGGCGGUUGACCCAAACAGUGGGCCAAACUGAAGGUGAAAAGCGAGAGAAGGAACAGCAGGUUGCUCGGUGUGAAGCUUACAUUGACGGGAUGGAAGCCAAGUUGCAGACUUGCCAGCAAUAUAUUCACAGCCUCAAGGCUUCGCUAGAGGAAGAAAUGUCUCGACAUGCCCCUCUUUAUGGUGCUGGACUGGAUGCUCUAUCGAUGAAGGAGUUGGAGACGCUAGCAUGCAUCCACGAUGAAGGGCUGAGGCAGAUCCAUGCCCUCCAACAGCGCAAAGGCAGUCCAGCCGGCAGUCCUCUUGUGAGCCCCCAUACCCUCCCGCACGCUCAUGGGUUGUAUGCGGCUGCACCCCCUCCAAUGGCCGUCGGCUUACCCCCUUCUCUCAUUCCAAAUGGGGUUGGGAUCCACAGCAACGGGCAUGUAAACGGUGCAGUCGGGCCCUGGUUCAACCAUUCUUGAAUUCCCUAUGCUGGACUUCAACUCACCUGUCGGUGUAGGUGACAAAAUCUCGCUGGCCUGGCCUUCUUGUUUGCCUAUUAGGAAUGCAAUGCUGUCUCAAUACAAGUAUUUUUUUUUUUUUUAUAUUUUUUUUUCUUAUAUAUUUUUCCCCUUUCUGUUCUUGGGUUCUUUCUAGAGUUUAUGAUUGUGGCAUUUGGGCUGGUAGGGGGGCUGUUGGAAAACUGGGGUUGGAUAAAGGGGAAUAAUGUAGGCGGUUGGGUUUUUUAGAUGGAAGUGAAGAAGAAGAAGAGUCCGAUAUCCGAUAGAAUUUCUACUAGUUGCAGAUGCCAUACUUUGCUCUCUCAUUUUUUCCUAUUUUUAAUCGAAAAGCAUAUUGAGAAAGUUUUGCAUUAA